UUAUUAAUAAAUUUAGCGUUGGACACUUAACUUUACCGAAAUAAAGUCUUAGGUACACUUAUUAUAAAUUUAGUGGGUCCUUAAAAAUAGAAACUAUCGCAAUAUAAAACAAAAACAUUAUCAACUAAUGACAAUGGAGAAACAGAUUUCUCACACCUUCAAGGCUCAGUGGAUUGAACAUACACUGAAAUACAUAAAAAACGACAAUCAAGUAAUUCUGGAAUACCCAGUAAUGCCUGUCCACCAUAUGGAGUAUCUACACAAUUCAAUUUGGAAUUGUAACGGAGAAUUAGAAGUCAAAUCAAUCUAUAGUCCCGUGAGAGAGGCUUUGAAAAUUUUCAGCACUAAGUAUAAUUUUAAAGUAACAGUGUACGAACGUGAUGGUGGUUUAAAAGGACAUUUUGUUGUAGAAAAGAUACCAAAGAAACCAGUGAUUUCAGAAACAGGAAGGAAAGACAUGGAAGACAGUUUCGAACUUAUUCAUGACAACAGCCAAAAUACAGACAAUGAAGGAACAGAGUCAAGCCAUUCCCAACAAGAAUCUCCAUUAGAUGUAACAGAAAACAAAAAAACCAACAUUAAAAGUAGAUGUAGAAAGAUGCGUAGAAGCAAGACUGAGAAGUUUUAUAUAGAAAAGCAAAAAAUCAUAGAUUCCAUUUCUCCUAAUUUACUAAAGAAAGCAUUAAAAAAUAUUCUAGACUUUUUGCUGGACGAAUCUAGAGCGAGUAGCAUAUUUACAAAUUUGGCACCAGUUGAAGCGAGAUUCCUGGAAAAUUUUCUAAGUAUUUACAAAAAACGUCAAUCCUUCGAGGAGACAUUGACGCCGGCCUGUAACGAGCUUAUGAAUAAGAUGUGCGAGUUUUUCAAAGAGUUUGACAAAAACUGCAGACUGGAAGUGUAUGCCGCGAAGUCUAGAGUUAAUGCAAGUAAAAGAGAAGUCAAAUUCAUAAAGGUACCGAGAUACACUAGAAACAACGCUAACCUACAACAAAUAUAUAAAGGCGAAGCUGUUCUUACAAAAACAGAAAAUAAACAAACAGCUACCCUUAGUCCUAAUUCUAGUCAAAGUAUACAAAAUAGUGGCAUAAGAAUCACAAUACGUAAUGAAAAUACAAAUGAUUCUGAUGAUAGACAAAUUAGAGUAGGAAAUUUACCAAACACUGAAGCUAAAGGAAUAAUAGACAAAGAUCUCAAAGACGCAAAAGGGUCUAUUAAUGGGGAAUCCAAAAGCAAUGGCGUCAUAGACAAAGCAGAAUCUACAGUUAAAGAGAAAAUAGCUGCCAGCGCUACAACAAAUCGAUCACCUAUUACAAAUAGAUUAAAUAUCAAUCAAGAUAUCACAGAUUGCUCACAAGAAAAAAUAUCUAAUGAUAAAAAAGGCAAUCAACUGUCGACUUCUGAUUUGAACAGAACCUCAGAUAAUAUAGUAGUUAAAGAUUCUCAUAUCAAAGGCAACAAAAAUGACGCCACAGUAAAUAAAGAUGUGAAACCUUCGAAAGUUCAAGCCAUAGAUAACAAAUUUAAAAAAAACGUUGAGAUCACAGAUGAUAAGCUAAUAGUUUCAGACAAAGAUCUCCUUAAGCGGGAGAUAGAUGAAAUAGCUCAUGCAACGGAUGGAACAAAAAAAUCAACAAUACCGCCAGUGAAAAAAAGCACGCAAGUUGAGAAAACGUCAAACACUAGUAAAGUAACAGACGGUUCGCCUCGUGCUUCGAGGAAAGAGAAACUGUUGCACGCCAUGUCUACGCCAAUGGAGAGUGACAAAGCUUUGAGAAUGAUGCGCCUCAUGGGAUGGGAGGGCGGAGCGCUAGGCCUCCGCGGCGAGGGCAUCAUUGAGCCCAUUAUACCAGCGCUGGACAUUGUACCCGGCAAAGGUUUGGGUCACGAGAAAGGGAAAGCCAAACCGAAACAAGAGAAACUAUCUAAAGUGGACAACCGAAUGGAAUUUUUGAAAACUAUAAAACAUGUGUUAUCCAACGAAUCUCGAGUCAAAAGUGCUGCGUAUUCUGUGGUGUUGUCGAAGAAAGAGACGAGAUGCUUUAAAGAAAUUAUGUAUAGUAUUAACACGAGACAAUAUAUGUCUCUUACUGACACCGAAAAUGGUAUAUUGGCGGAAAUUAAGAAAAUUCUGAACAAUGAACCUGACAUUUUUUUGGACAUGAAUAUCAAUAAAGAUACAAAAUUACUAACAAUAAUUAAAUCAAAACACUAUGCAGUAGAAACAAAAGUAGAUAAAAAGAAAAAACAUCAACUAACGAAAGAGGUGAUAGAUUUAUCAAGCGAUACUAUAGAGUAUAUACACAAAGAAUCGCUGAAAGAUCGGAAAAUUGACUUUUGUUCCCUAGUACUUGAUUUCGUAAAAAGCGAAGAGAGGUCAAUGGAGGUAUGCUUUUCUGUCAUGAUUACAGAAAAGCUUGUUAAUUUUAUUAAAAAUCUGUGCUCUUGCAUUAACAAAAGAACGGCAUUGUCGUCGGAGAGUCUAGGAAAAUUGUCUAUGGACAUCGUAGCACACAUCAAAGAUUGUCACUUAGUUGCCGAGUUUGAUAGUAAACGGAAAAGAACAGUUAUCCUACGCAAGAUGUCUUACAAAAGGCCUCACAUUGACAAUGAAUGCUUAAAGUAUGUCAUAAAUAAAUAUACUAACAGUACUAUACCUGAUGAAAAAUUAAAAGUAAAUGAUAAUAAAGACAAAGAAAAUAAACCAAAUGCACAAAAUGAUAAAGUUGUCCAUAAAGUUACAUCAAGCUUAGUUGAAGUCCAAAAACAAAAUAUAAGUGUUAAAAAUGACAUUAGUUGUGAAGACAAUACAGCUGCAUACAUAGUUAUAGAUUCAGGGAGUAGUUCUGAUGAAAGUGAUUCUAAAAUAAAUGACAAUGAGCAUAAAAAAAAUAGUCAUAAGAGUACAACAGACACACAGAAGAGUCCAAUGUAUGAUGAUGAGUUGAAUAGUAACGAUAAGGAACAUUCAGAAAGUGAUUGUAAAGAAAUAAACACACAAGGACAAUCAAAAGAAACAGAUUUUGAAAAGUUUCCUUUGUCUAUAAACAAUAUGAAGACGAAGUUGUCCACAUUUGAAGACGUAGAUUUUAGAAAAAUCGAUAGAAAUUCAAUACAAAAGACAAUAGAUUCUUUAACCUUGCAUAAUAAAAAGUUGGAAGAUGACAACGUGCUACAUAAUAAAGGAAUAGAUAUAAACUGUAACAAACUAGAAAAUAAGAAUUUGAAUAUAAAUAGUAAAUUAAAAGAUAUUGAACAGUCUGAACUAUGUGAUAAAGUUGGUGUUAGAGACAGCAAAAUUACUAAUAAUUCUAGGAAAUGGUAUGAGCACAGUGAUGUUUGUUUAGUUCAUGAAGAUAAUAGUGUAAAUCUAAAACAUAUAGAAAAUGAUAAUGAUAAAAACUGUCAUGAUAUAUUGCUUAUCGAAUCGGAUAUUGUAGGGAUAGAGUUGAUAAAGAAAAAAGUUCAAAGUCAUAUAGAGAAUAUAGACAAUGUUAAAGAUUUCCUGCCAGUUUUAAAAUAUCAAGGUGUUUUAGAUAAUGGUGUAGUUUAUAGUUGUCAUAAUAAGGCCACAUAUCCAUGGCUCAAAGAUGUUUUAUUGGAUUAUAACGUCAUAGAUUAUAGAAAAGUCACAAAAAACCAUAAAGUAAAGAUAAUUAUUACCUCUUUUAAUAAUGAUAAGAAAAAAAUUUUCGAGCUUCUAGAAAUUUAUAAUGAAGGUUUAAAAUGUGGGAAUUGGACUAUAAUUUUCGAAAAAUAUUUUAAUUAUUUAUUUACAAUGGUUGUUGAAAUGGAUGACGAGUCUCUUAAUUAUAUAUGUAGUAAUAAUUUUUCUUUAUUUAUAGGUUAUGGUGUUGCUCAAUUUAGUAUAGGUCUAUAGAAUAAGUAACAAAAUAACUUUCUCAAAGAAGUCAUGGUUUAUAGUAGGGAUGCUAAAUUUGCAGUUACUACAGCGUCAUUGAAAACGAUUAGAUUUGGAAUAUUAAAUGGUAGAAAGAAUAAAUGGUUAUAUACUUAUUUCGCUUUCAGUGGUGGGGUAAAACUACAGACUUUAAAGACAAUUUUUAUUACUUUGGCUUACUGAAAUCAUCAAAAAACAUGAGCGAUUAUUCAGGAGAUUAUUUCAUUCAAAAUAAGUAAAAAAUUAACCGCGCUCGUGGCUGGAUAACAGAAAUAUAAGGGUUUUAUUUUUUGUAACUUUAGAACCCUUCCAUUCCAUUCCAAUACGUUACGCUCAAAUGGUCAGAUUUUCGAAAUGCACACUUUUCUAUAUAGCUAUCAACUCGCCUACCAUAACUUAAUCGGACGUCCUGCUUGACUAUUUCUGAAGUUAGUUCUUUUUUGGUUGUCUUAAACGUACCCACCAAUAUUAAAUGCUCAUACUUGGUGGAGGUACUGAACAACGUGCAAGUAUCCUUAUGUUCAUUUGACGCGCUUGAAUAACUGCAAAAAUCACCUCUUCGGCUCCUCUACUAUUAGGUUGGUGUUUGCAUAUGCCCGAUAUCUUCUUUCGUCUAUUGUCGCGUUCGGAGUUGAAGACUAAAGCUUUUCCUUCGUCUAUUGUCGCGUUCAGAGUUGAAGACUAAAGGUCUUCCUUCGUCUAUUGUCGCGUUCGGAGUUGAAGACUAAAGGUCUUCCUUCGUCUGUUGUCCAGACGUGGGCUUUUUAACUCACGAUCUCGGAGGCGCCCGGACUGAUACACUCAGGCCAAAACACCCUUCCCGAACGGCCCUCUAAGUCGAGCCCCGAGUCUCAGAGGAGACGCCCUUAGAGAGUCGUUCCGCCCAUCUACUUGCUUCUGCCUUCGGGUCCCAUCAGGCGAUGCUUCUGCGCUCGCCCAAACCCCCCGGUGACGCCGCUGAGGUCCCAUAAGGAGCCUACGGCACUUACACACACAGAAAAAAAAAAAUCGUCUGUUGUCGCGUUCGGAGUUGACGACUAAAGAUCAUAGCUCACAUAUCGACUUGGACAGGGAUCGAAACUCGAGCCGUCCAGUGUUCUUUGUACCCUCUGGACGAGCUUACAGCAGGCUGAUUAUGUAUCUCGACGUAUCACUUCUAACUGUGUAACGCAAAGCUAAAUUGAACACUAGAGUGUUUUUGCAAUUCCGAUUAUGUAAGACAAAAGACAGCCACAAUGCCUAGUGAUAUCGUUCUAGGCGCAAAAUUUUAUCGACAUUAUGCGACUAAAUAAAAUACACCCUUUCCCGGUACUACUUACUACGGGUGCGGCAUACUUUUGCACAUAUACGCAUUAUACUUGAUUUUGCUGUUUGUCUGUGGUGAAGUGAAGUGCCAUAGUUUCUUUGUUGGUAAACAAAGCCGUAUUAAAAUAUUAAUAAAAAAAUUGGUUUCGUUGGAUCAAAGUACUUGCUACUGCUAGUUUUUUGUUUUCAAUAGAAGUAAUUAAUUAAUCAUUUUAUCGUAUACAUUUUUAUUAGUGUUAAUAGUUAAUUUAUCAAAGUAAACGGCCACUUUUACAUAAAACAUUAUCUACACGAAAGUUCUUCAAAGUUUUAUCGUCUGCCUAUGAUUAAUUUAAUGGUCGUUGUGAUAAUAUGUAAAGUAUAUUGUAUAGUGUUUUGUUUAUUAAAGUUCAUCGCUUGCAACUAAAGAUGUCCGGGAAACUCAAUGAUCGCCUUGGCUUGGAUCAAACUUGGCGAUGGGUUGUUUUGGAGGGCCUUUGGAAAGUCAGGCUACUAAAUAAACCUUCCGUGUUCGCGUCUGCCAGUGGCGUUGUAUCAACAUGAAGAUGUGGGCUCUAAACUUUGAGUGCCAGGGACUGACUAUGGAAGUCUCCAUGUCGCUGGUCACCAUUGAGGUGCAAAACACCUUGAAAAAAUUGGUGAUUCUGAAUCCUUCAUCUCUAUGAACGAUUCAUGAAGAAAGAAUUAAACAAACAUUUAAUGAACAGAUUUUUUAUAAGAUUAUUAUCAAUAAUGACAUUGCAUAUGAGAGAAAAUUGUCAAAUAUAAUUUCAUUUUAAUUUAAUAUAGUUAAUUAUGACAUCACUGUAUAUAAAGAAUAUGAUUAUUAUCAUUUGGUUAAUUUCAGUAUUACAUAGUAUUAGAUAAAAAUUUUAUUGUAAAAUUGCACAUCAAAAUAUGUUUUAUUAUCUAUUAUUAGGAGGAAAUAUUAUUUAACUAUUAUUAUUAUCCCUAAUAGCCCAGUGAAUGUGACCUCUGCCUCCAAUUCCGGAGGGUGUGGGUUCGAACCCGUUCCGGGGCACGCACCUCCAACUUUUCAGUUGUGUGCAUUUUAAGAAACUAAAUAUCACGUGUCUCAAACAGUGAAGGAAAACAUCGUGAGGAAACCUGCAUACCAGAGAAUUCUCUUAAUUCUCUGCAUAUGUGAUGUCUGCCAAUGUAAUCCAAAUAUGCUGGCCCAUAUUCGGCUCCUGUCAGAAUAAGAAGGGUUAGGCAUUGGCCUUCCCUUACCUUAUCAGCCGAUAGACGUCCACUGCUGGACAUAGGCCUCUUACAUGGACCUCCAAGCACAACGACCUUAAGCCGCGAACAUCCAACCAACCGACCAACCACGCUUUCCAGUGCGGGGUCUCCCGAGUGCGGGUAGGCACUAACCCCUCUUACUGGGGGAGACUCGAGCUCAGCAGUGAGCCGAAUAUGUGUUUAUAAUGAUGAUGAUGAUGAUUAUUUAAGUAAUUGUAAAAGAAAAAAUUGAAUACUACAUUAGUUGUUUAUCUAUACAAUUCAAUAAUUUUAAGAACAAAACAUGUACCUACCACAUUGUAGGAAAUAAAUAAAUAAUGAUUUGAUUAAAAACAAUGUUGUUUAAUGUUAAGCAGGUAGGGCCAGGUAGUUCUAUAUUUGUGUAACAUCUAUUACUUAAAAAUAAAAAAUAUAUUUACUUGUG